UAGCGACAACUUUACAGAAUAAGACAAAAAUAUAUUUGUUACAACGGAUCAGGAAACGAUCACAAUCAGCGCCCCUGCUGAUAAGAGUGCAAUAAAAUCCCAGAGUGACCCGAUCUCAUCUGUAUUUGAGGAGGAAAAGCAGCUUCCAAAUUGUUCUACCAACGAAUCAGCAACAAAUAUUCAGGAGACCUCCCCGCUUAGACGUUCAUCGCGUGUUGAAUCAUUAAAGGUCCAGAAAAGAGAGAAAGAUAUCCUCGCCGAAACUAAGCAAACUCUGACGGAAUCUACCAAAGAAUCGACAAAAAUGGUUCAGGAGUCUGCAGCUAUGGAUGUUGAAGUUGCUUCUCCAUUUAUUGGUGUUGAUCAAAAUCAAGAGCAAAGAGUUUCUUCGUUAAAGCGAAAAUUGAAAAGAAAAUUGUCUUGUGGCCAAUCGCUUGAUCAGUAUGAUUGCAAAUUUGGGAUCCGUUUAGACGCUCAAGGUGAUGUGGUGCUAAUGUCAGAUGAAAGCGAAAUUUCCUCACUGGAUGAGGCUGAUGUCGGACGGCUACGGGAACAUUAUGAGAACGUCCAAAAACACGAAGUUUCUGAGGAGGUUCAACUUCAACGAGAUCAACAAAUCCGGGAAUUGGAGGCUGUUCUUCGAAUUGAGGAAGCAAAGUUGCUUAUGAUGAAGAAACUAAGGCAUAGUCAGCUACAUCAUGACGAGAAAAUGCUGGACGGUGGUGGAAAUGCUGCCAGUGUUCGUCGACUAGCUCCCUUGCAAAAUUCUUCAGGUCAAGCUUAUAAACCAAAAGUUGCUGUUGCUCCAAAUCAACACAAAAAAGACACAAACUCUUCCAACAACCAAAAACCAACUGCAAAGCUGAAUGGUGCUACAGCUCCUCAACAUAUGUCUGCUGCUAAAAACUCGGUCGAUGCAACUGGAGGCAUGCAAGGCCUUGCUAAUGUUGCUGUUGGCGGGAUUCAGCUUUCUACCUUACCACCUCAGCAUUUAUCGGUUAUUCAACAGUUGUAUGAGCGUCUUUCGCAAAAUCCACAGCAAAUGGCCGGUAUGAUCAAGACGCUUCCACCACAGACGGGACAAGCUUUGACGGAACUUUUACGCCAGUAUGCAGUUGCACAAACUACCAGUGCUGCGUCUCAACAAACACAAAAAUCCUCUCAACAACAAAAACAGCAACAUUCGACUACGGCUGCUCCGACUUCCCAAUCACAUGAUGCACGCGAACUCACUCAACAAAGUAUUUCCAAAGCGCGUCAACAAUUACGUCGAGAAUUAGAUCAAUUGAUCGCCAAAUUGCCUGUGCCUAAGGCUCCUCUUCCAGAUUUAUCAUUUAUUCCAAAUGGAGGAAGCAACCAGCCAGAAUUUGUUUACCUUUUAGGCUUGGAUUUGACAGUUCAAAGAGUGCUUAAAGACAGGCAGAUGUUCAAAAAAUCUGAUGUUCCACCUUAUCGAUGUGAAGAAUGUGACACCGAUUUUACACCGUCUUGGAAGGCUAUUUGCGGAGAUAAUGAGGAAUACCAUUUGUAUUGUGAACGCUGUGUAAGACUAGCACAGAAACGAAAAGUUUGCCUUGAUUAUAAGGCAUUGCUCAACCGUGCGUUUCAACAAAUUAAGGAGCGUGAAAAGGAAUUUGAGAGACACGUUGCUUCAGGAAAGUAUAAUGUGGAUCCAGUAUUGCCUUUACCCACCGCAACUGUUCCUACUAGUGCCGCUUCUGCUCAAAAGUCUACAACGGAUAGUAAAUUAUCAAAAUCGCAGCAACAGAAUAACAACGCUUCGGUCACUUCUGCUUCUUUAACUCAUCAAAAGGAUGGUGUUGCCCCACCAAUCCAACAUUUAACUUCUACCCAACAACCAACGGCAUUAAAUUUGAGUAUGGCUGCUGCCCCAGCGAAUGUUCCAAAUACUUUGGCUAAUCCUGCUAAGACUGUUCAGAAUCAUGCAAAAACAGGAGUUUCAACCUCAUGCAAUUCCGGCGCUUCUACCAGUUCUUCAAAACGCGGUGUUGCCAACACUCGUACUGCUAGUACAAUGAGCAAUGCUGGAAAUAAUACAGCUGCAAUGGCAUCGAAUGCCGCAGCUGCCGCUUCAAAUCCUUUGGCUGCUGUACUUCAACAAAAUCCACUUAUGCAGCAGCAUUUAGCGGCGAUGGCAGCUUCACCUAUUUUCAGGCAGUUGGGAAAUUUGGCUUCAAAUCCAGUAAUGCUAGCGGCGCUUACUCAAAAUCCUAUGCUUGUACAGCAAUUAUUUGCUGCAAUGACCGCGCAGCAUCAACAACAUCAACAGCAGCAGCAACAACAACAACGUGCUCAACCAACAAUUGCCUCAACGCCCAUUAAUGUUCCAUCUGGAGCAGCACACGCUUUAGCACAGAUUGCACAAAAGUCAAGUCAGCAACUUCAACAACAGACUCAGCAACAGCAUCACCGAGCUUCAACGGUAACCACUUCAUCGACUGCCCCACAUUCUUCUUCACAUCAUUCUGCAUCAAACGUGGCUGCGUCCGCUGCUUCUAACCAACAGCAGCAACAACAAUUGGCCUCUCUGGCAGCAGCCAUGAAUUUACAGAACCUCAGUCAAAAUCCACAAUUGCUUACUCAAUUAACUGCAAAUCCACAAUUUCGACAAAUGAUGCAAGCGUAUAUUCAACAAGCAAAAGGAGGACCUUCAACAUCUAGUGGCAGUGGGAAAAAAUAA